UUCCUGGGGCCGGCGGGGACGGUCCGGAGGCAGCUGGAGGCGGCUCCGCGUCCCCCUGGUCGAAUCACGGGACGAUGUCACGUGCUUUGUGGACAGUGUGGGUCUUGGGGGCCAUAAUCAGCCUGUUCAAUGAAGGGGCCCCUGAUCAGGCUCCUUCUCUGAUUUGUGACCCCACCGGUGCUUGCGACGGCCACUCCAGAUUGUUAAACUCCAUCCCCUCAGGGCUCACGGCAGCUGUGAAAAGCCUUGACCUGUCCUACAACAAGAUCGCCUCUAUCAGCAACAGUGACCUGCGGAUGUGUGUGAACCUCAAGGCCUUGAGGCUGGGAUUCAAUGAGAUUAACACAAUAGAGGAAGAGUCCUUUUUCUCCCUGGGGAGUCUCGAACAUUUGGAUUUAUCCUGCAAUCACUUAUCUAGUUUAUCAUCCUCCUGGUUCAGGCCUCUCGCUUCCUUGAAAUUUUUAAACUUACUGGGAAAUCCUUAUAAAACACUUGGGAAAACAUCUCUCUUUUCUCAUCUCACCAAUUUGCGAGUCCUAAAAGUAGGAAAUACUUACAACUUCACUGAAAUUCAGAAAAAGGAUUUUGCUGGGCUAACUUUUCUUGAGGAACUUGAGAUCGAUGCUUCCAACCUCCAGAGGUAUGGACCACAGAGUCUGAAGUCUAUUCAGAACGUCAGUCAUCUGGCCCUUCGUAUCAAGCAGCCUGUUUUCCUGCUGGAGAUUUUUGUAGACCUUUUAAGUUCCUUGGAACAUUUGGAACUAGUAGAUACUCACUUGAAUGCUUUCCAUUUUUCAAAAGUAUCCAUCAAUGAAACCAAAGCAUUAAUUAAAAAGUUUACAUUUAGAAAUGUGGAAAUCAGUGAUGAAAGUUUUAGUGAAGUUGUGAAACUGUUGUGUUAUGUUUCUGGAAUGUUAGAUGUGGAGUUUGAUAACUGUACCUACAAAGGAAUUGGUGAUUUUGAUAUAUCUAUUUUGGGCACAGUUAAAAGUCUAAGUAACAUAGAGACAUUAACAAUACGGAGGUUAUAUAUUCCAUAUUUUUACUUAUUUUAUGAUCUGAGAAAUAUAUAUGCAUUUGUAGGAAGAGUUAAAAGAAUCACAAUAGAAAAUAGUAAGGUUUUUCUGGUUCCCUGUGAACUUUCGCAACAUUUAAAAUCAUUAGAAUAUUUGGACCUCAGUGAGAAUUUAAUGGUUGAAAACUUACUGAAAAACUCAGCCUGCGAGGGUGCCUGGCCCUCCCUGAAAACCUUAAUUUUAAGGCAAAAUCAUUUAACAUCGUUAGAAGAAACUGGAAAAAUUUUGCUUACUCUGAAAAAUCUAACUCACCUUGACAUCAGUAAGAAUAAUUUCCAUCCUAUAUCUAAAACUUGUCAGUGGCCAGAAAAGAUGAAAUAUUUGAACUUAUCCGGCACAAGAAUACACCGUUUAACUGAUUGCAUUCCUCAAACGCUGGAAAUUUUAGAUAUUAGCAAUAAUAACCUCAAUUCAUUUCCUUUGACUAUGCCACAACUCAAAGAACUUUAUGUUUCUGGAAAUAAGUUGAAGACUCUUCCAGAUGCCUCCCUCUUACCCAUGUUACUAAUCAUGAGAAUCAGCAGAAAUACGAUAAACACUUUCUCCAAGGAACAACUGGAUUCCUUUCAAAACCUGAAGACUUUGGAAGCUGGCGGCAACAAUUUCAUUUGCUCCUGUGAAUUCUUGUCUUUCACGCAGGAGAAGCAGUCCCUGGCCCAGACCCUCACUGACUGGCCCGCAAAUUACCUGUGCGAUUCUCCGUCCCACGUGCGGGGCCAGCGGGUUCAGGACACCCGUCUCUCGGUUGCUGAGUGUCACAGGGCGGCUCUAGUGUCUACUGUGUGCUGUGUCCUUUUCCUGUUGAUCCUGCUCACUGGGGCCCUGUGCCACCAUUUCCAUGGGCUGUGGUACAUGAAGAUGAUGUGGGCCUGGCUCCAGGCCAAAAGGAAGCCCAGGAGGGCUCCGCAGAGGGACGUCUGCUAUGACGCCUUUGUGUCGUACAGCGAACAGGAUUCCCACUGGGUGGAGAACCUGAUGGUCCAGGAGCUGGAGCACUUCAACCCUCCCUUUAAGUUGUGUCUUCAUAAGCGGGACUUUAUUCCUGGCAAAUGGAUUAUUGACAAUAUCAUUGACUCCAUCGAAAAGAGCCACAAAACCAUCUUCGUGCUUUCCGAAAACUUUGUGAAGAGCGAGUGGUGCAAGUAUGAACUGGACUUCUCCCAUUUCCGUCUCUUUGAUGAGAACAACGAUGCUGCCAUUCUCGUUCUCCUGGAGCCCAUCGAGAAGAAGGCCAUUCCCCAGCGCUUCUGUAAGCUGCGGAAGAUCAUGAACACCAAGACCUACCUGGAGUGGCCCAUGGAUGAGACUCAGCAGGAAGGGUUUUGGUUAAAUUUGAGAGCUGCAAUCAAGUCUUAGGUUCCUUCAUGAAAGGCCAGUCUGGGU